AUGGAUCAGCAACAGCAGAUUCCGGUGGAAACACUUAUUCUGCAGGUUCUUCAGCAGCUCCAGCAGCAGCAAAGUGUCACGAAUCAGCUUAUUGCUAGCCAACGUGAAGCACAGGAACAUCAGCGAUUGUUCAUGCAGCAGAAUAGAGAGGCGAUUCAGAAUAUCAGACUGCAGGUUCCGGAGAGCCCGGAAACGAUCCUUGAUUCGGUCGCUGCUAAUAUCAAGGAAUUUCGAUAUGACAUUGAGGAAGGUGUAACGUUCGCGGCAUGGUUCUCGCGGUAUGAUGAGUUGUUCGCAAAGGAUGCUGCAAGGUUAGAUGACGCAACAAAAGUGAGGUUAUUGGUCCGGAAGUUGGGAGCAGCCGAGCAUGAACGCUUCGUUAGUUUUAUUCUGCCAAAGGCUCCCAAGGAUUUUAACUUCAGCCAGGUUGUGGAAAAGCUGAAAGCUUUGUUUGGAGCAGCGGAAUCAAUGGUUAGUAAGCGUUACCGGUGUUUGCAGACCGCAAAGGCUCCAACAGAGGACUACCUGUCUUACGCUUGUCGUGUUAAUAAGAGCUGCGUACAAUUCGAAUUGGCGAAACUGUCAGAGGAGGAAUUUAAGUCUUUGAUGUUCGUGUGCGGGUUGAAAGCUGAAAGUGAUGCUGAGAUUCGCACCCGUUUACUUAGCAAGAUCGAAGAAAGAGGAGAUGUCACCUUGGAGCAGUUGUCAACCGAAUGCCAACGGUUAAUGAAUCUACGUCAUGAUACGGCUAUGAUCGAGGGCAGUUCGAACGCGGUCAACGUCAUCAGCGGAAGACAGCAGAAAUUCCAUAAGUUCCGGAAACAGUCGGUAGCGAAUAAGGACAAUUCGCCGAAGCAGUAUUCGUCCAGUAUGGAGAAAAGGCCAACCGGUCCAUGUUGGACAUGCGGGUUAAUGCAUUUUAGUCGGGACUGUACAUACAGAAGUCAUCAGUGUUCCGAUUGCAAGCGUUUCGGCCACAAAGAAGGCUAUUGUGGAAGUGCACGGAAGAGUCGUCCGAACUACAAACGGAAGUUCCAGCGCGUGACGGUAGAUACGAAGACCGUCCGAGUAUCAGUUGACAUGGUGCGGGGUAGAAGAAAGUUUAUUCCCGUUAUGUUAAAUGGUGUGUCCGUUCGGAUGCAGUUUGAUACCGCUUCAGACAUUAGUGUCAUAUCCGUACAAACAUGGAAGCAGCUAGGACGACCGCAAGUAAAGCCACCGUCAGUGAAUGCCAAAGCAGCCUCGGGUGACCCACUCAAGCUGGUGUCACAGUUCGACUGUUCAAUAAGUGUUAACGGGGUAACACACGUAGGCACGAUUUUCGUCGCGGAAAAAGAUUUACAUAUCUUAGGACUUGACUUAAUCGAGGCAUUCCAUCUAGAUUCGGUUCCGAUGAAUGCAUUUUGCAACGUAGUUUCCGUUUCUCCAUCCUUAGCGGAUCGUCUUAAGGCUCAGUAUCCACAAGUUUUCAGUACCGAGCUAGGUAAAUGUAUAAAAACUACAGUGAAGCUCGUAUUAAAGCCAGAUCAAAUGCCAGUUUUUCGUCCUAAACGUCCGGUGGCGUACGCUAUGUACAGCGCAGUAGACGAUGAGUUGCAUCGGUUGGAGAGCAUGAAUAUAAUAACACCAGUAGAUUACUCUGAGUGGGCAGCUCCGAUAGUAGUGGUCCGGAAAGCAAACGGCAGCAUACGAAUUUGCGGAGACUACUCCACUGGUUUAAAUGAGGCUUUACAACCACAUCAGUAUCCGCUACCGCUUCCCCAGGACAUUUUUGUGAAACUGGCUCAUUGCAAGGUGUUUAGCAUUGUUGAUAUGUCCGAGUCCUACCUUCAGCUGGAAGUCGACGAAGCCACCAGUAAACUCCUGGCUAUUAAUACCCACAGGGGCAUCUUCAAGGUAAAUCGUUUGGCGCCUGGAGUGAAAGCAGCACCGGGAGCGUUUCAGCAAGUCGUCGAUGCAAUGCUAGCAGGUCUGCAGCACACGAGCGGUUACCUCGAUGACAUCAUCGUAGGCGGCCGCAAUGAAGAAGAGCACUGGGAGAAUCUGAAAGCACUAUUCGAGCGUCUACAAGAGUUUGGGUUUACCAUCCGGUUGGAGAAGUGCUCGUUUGGCUCUCGUCAGAUUAAGUAUCUGGGGCAUCUGAUGGAUCAACAUGGUGUUCGGCCGGACCCUGCUAAGGUUGCCGCUAUUAGGCAAAUGCCUCCUUCUGUCGACGUGUCCGGCGUUCGUGCUUUUCUAGGGGCCGUUAACUAUUACGGCAAGUUUGUGCCUAACAUGCGCGCUCUACGGUUCCCGUUGGACGAGCUACUGAAGGCAGGCACAAAGUUUAAGUGGACAUCGGCGUGUCAAUCAGCGUUCGACAAAUUUAAAGAAAUCCUUUCGUCGGACCUGCUCUUAACGCAUUAUAACCCGGAGUUGGAAAUUAUCGUUGCUGCCGAUGCGUCCUCCGUUGGCUUGGGAGCCACGAUUAGUCACCGUUUUCCCGAUGGGUCAAUGCGAGUUAUCCAACAUGCGUCCAGAUCCCUCGCCCCAGCAGAACGGAAUUAUAGUCAACCUGAUCGAGAGGGCUUAGCCAUAAUAUUUGCGGUCACGAAGUUUCAUCGCAUGAUUUUCGGCCGCAAAUUCCGGUUACAAACUGACCACGCACCGUUGCUUCGUAUUUUUGGGUCAAAGAAAGGUAUUCCCGUGUAUACCGCCAAUAGAUUGCAACGGUGGGCCUUGAUGCUGCUCAUGUAUGACUUUACGAUCGAAUACGUGGCCACAGAGAAGUUCGGUCACGUCGAUGUGCUGUCUCGGCUUAUAAACCAACAUGUUCGGUUGGAUGAGGAUUAUGUCAUCGCAGCUGUCACCCUCGAAAAGGAUGUUGGAGAAGUUCAGCAUGGUACGCGGAGCAAUCCGAUACUCAGCAAGGUGGUCCAGUACAUCCAUCAAGGCUGGCCAGCCAAGCAGGCCAUCACAUCCAAUCGUGAGUUACAGCAAUUCUAUAACCGUCGAGAAUCGCUCACGACCUUACGUAUGCGCUGUCUAAACCAACUGCAUAUCGGUCAUCCUGGAGUGGGAAGAAUGAAGGCCAUCGCUCGAAGUUAUGUCUACUGGCCGGCGAUAGACGCUGAAAUUGAACAAAUGGUGAAAGCGUGUUCGCAAUGCACACUUGCUGCAAAGUCAUCACCUCGUGUUUCACCUGUACCUUGGCCAAAGCCGCAACGCCCAUGGCAGCGAGUGCAUAUUGAUUACGCUGGACCAGUCGACGGGGACUAUUUUCUACUGGUAGUGGACUCUUUCUCCAAGUGGCCCGAGAUAGUGCAAACAAACCGUAUCACAACUACAGCUACCAUCAAGAUUUUGCGAAGUCUUUUCGCACGGCUAGGCAUGCCGGAGUCUAACGGGAUGGUGGAACGGUUUGUCGAUACGUUCAAAAGAGGAAUUAAAAAGAUUCAAGAAGGGAAAGGCCCACUACAAGAAGCAUUAGAUUUGUUUUUGCUGACGUACCGAAGUACUCCAAAUCCGUAUGCACCGAAUGGAGUAUCGCCAUCAGAAGCUUUGUUUGGACGUCGAAUCCGAACCCAUCUCGAUUUGCUACGACCACCAGCAGAUCGCCAGCAACUAUUCAAGGAAGAAGACCAACACGAAAGCAGUCGAUCCUUCAACAAAAGGGAUGCUGUUGGAAGUGCAUUUAAUAAACCUAAAUACCAGCUUCCUUUGGAUGUAUUGCUGGAAGCUUGGAAGUUGCCAAGUACAGCUGCGUCAGUGCAACCCACUACGUCUGAAAUUGCGUCUGCAGUUACGAAGAGUGCGGAAGUAGAUCGGCACAUCCCGUCCAUAUCACCACCACCACCAACGGUUCCGAUAAGCCAGGUGCGCCCCGCAGAUUUGGGCGAACUUCAUUCCACAACCGUUCCUACCACUCAUCAACCUACUAUCGCUAGCACUCCUUUGGUACACCAACCACGACGUUCUCUGAGGACUAGAAGAGCACCCCCGCGCUUGAACGUUUACCAUCGCUCUUAA